AGAGAGAGAGAGGGGGAAAAGAAGGUACAUUUGAGAAAGAAACUGUGGAAUUAGCCACUAAGAAAUAAAAUUAAGGAGAAAAGGGAAAGAAGGAAGUCUGGAAAAUAACUUCAGACCAGGACAGAAGACACACACAGAGAGAGAGAGAGAGAGAGAGAGAGAGAGAGAGAGGGGAAAAAAGACAGACACAUGAAUUAAAAGAAGUCUUGGACUUCACAUUGGAGACACAUGUUCAUGCGUGGACUGUUUCUGCUGCUGUGAUCUGUCAUUCCUCCUCACAGCGUGUGUGUGUGUGUUCUUGAGAGGCUGAGAAGAGUGUGUGUGUGAGCCUGUCGUUCCUCUGGAGUCUACGGGACCAUGGCACCUGUCAGGAAUGGAUGAACUUGAGGCUUAAACUCGUGGAAGAAAGAGAUAAAAACAGAAAGAAAAAAGCUGAAAGAGUAAUAGCUUUCGGUGUAGAGAGGAAACUCCACAUCCACAGCAUCACUGUCACAACAAGCAGGACGACUGAGAUCCGCCACGGCAACAGCUGCCACGACAACCAGCAUCCCAGUCAACCAUCUGUGUGGCAGCUGUCUGCUGUUUAUAACUGAUACGAAGUUCUGGUCCUCCUCAGAAGAUGAUGACUAUGAUGACGAUGAUGAUAUGCAGCUCGCUGGUCCUGCUCGGGCUGAUCGGCAUCAGUGCUUCAUCUAGCGGAAGUUCACCUUCCUCACCCCGGAUGAAGCUGUCUUAUAAAGAUCUUCAGCAGUUUAACGGCGUUAAGCGGUUUGACUUAGAGCGUUCGUGUUGUUUCGGAGCUCUCCUAUUGGACGAGGAGAGGGGGCGGCUGUUUGUUGGAGCUCGUAACUUUCUUUUAUCUCUCAGCCUCGACAACAUCAGCAAACAGGAACAGAAGAUCUACUGGCCAGCGCCUGUUGAUUGGAGAGAAGAGUGCAACUGGGCCGGGAAAGAUAUCAAUACGGACUGUGUAAACUAUGUGAAAGUGCUUCACCACUAUAACCGGACUCACCUGUACGCCUGUGGGACUGGGGCUUUCCACCCCACCUGUGCUUAUGUGGAGGUGGGACAGAAGAUAGAGGAUCAUGUGUUUAGAAUUGAUCCCUCUCUGGUAGAAGAUGGGAAAGGAAGGAGCCCGUAUGACCCACGCCACACAUCAGCAUCUGUUCUGAUUGGUGAUGAGCUUUAUGCUGGCGUUGCCACUGAUUUGAUGGGUCGGGACUUUACAAUAUUUCGCAGCAUGGGACAAAGGCCUUCCAUACGAACGGAACAGCACGAUUCUCGCUGGCUCAAUGAGCCCAAGUUUAUAGCGGCAUUUGGUGUUCCCGAGAGUGAGAAUCCUGACGAUGAUAAAGUCUUCUUCUUCUUCAGAGAAACUGCUGUAGAAGCUCAGGGAUUCGGGAAGGUUACAUAUUCCCGGAUUGGCCAGCUUUGCAGGAAUGAUAUGGGGGGACAGCGCAGUCUAGUAAACAAGUGGACGACAUUUCUAAAGGCUCGUCUUGUGUGUUCUGUACCAGGCAAUGAUGGCACUGAAACGCAUUUUGAUGAACUUAGGGAUGUGUUUCUGCUGCAGACCCGUGAUAGAAAGAACCCGCUGAUCUACACUGUUUUUACCACCUCCAGCAGUGUAUUUCAAGGUUCUGCAGUGUGUCUCUACACCAUGAAUGACAUUCGCCGGGCAUUUUUAGGGCCUUUUGCCCAUAAAGAAGGUCCCAAUUAUCAGUGGGUUCCUUUCCAGGGUAAAGUGCCAUACCCACGGCCAGGCAUGUGUCCCAGCAAGACCUUCGGCAGUUUUGAGUCAACUAAAGGUUUCCCUGAUAACGUAAUCCAGUUUGCAAGGCACCAUCCGUUAAUGUUUAAUCCAGUAACUCCACUGGGGGGUCGGCCAGUGUUCCUGCGUACUGGAAUACCAUACAGCUUCACUCAGAUUACUGUAGACCGUGUAAAUGCAGCUGAUGGACACUACGAUGUAAUGUUCAUCGGCACAGAUGUCGGCUCUGUGCUGAAGGUGAUCUCUGUGCCCAAGGGAAGCUGGAGUAACACAGAUCUUCUGCUGGAGGAGCUUCAUGUCUUUAAGGAUUCUUCAUCUAUUACCAGUAUGCAGAUUUCCUCUAAACGGCAACAGCUGUACAUUGGCUCAGAUACAGGUGUUGUCCAGGUUCCUCUGCACCGCUGCAGUAUGUACGGUAAAGCCUGUGCCGAGUGCUGCCUGGCUCGAGAUCCAUACUGUGCCUGGGACGGACACACCUGCACACGCUACCUGCCAAACACAAAACGAAGGUUCCGGCGUCAGGAUGUGAGGAAUGGGGAUCCUAAUGCUCUCUGCUCAGGAGACCAUCAGAAGCAGCGUGUCCUGGAGAAGAGGCUGUACGCUGUGGAUGGAAGCAGCUCCUUCCUGGAAUGUAUCCCAAAAUCACUACAGGCCCAGAUUACAUGGACCUAUCAGAAGCAUCCGGAAAACCCACGGGAGGAGGUUCGUCUAGAUGACCGUGUUUUGCAGACCGAGCGAGGCCUGUUGCUGAGACGAGCCGUGCGUAGAGAUGGCGGUGUGUAUCAGUGCCACGCAAUGGAACAUGGAUUCACCCAGAACCUCCUUGCGAUCACGCUGGAGAUUUUGCCUUUGGCUGGCCCCGCCCCCUCCGCUCUUAACCCUCGCAGCCCUGCACACACCAAUCACGGGCAGUCCACCAAUCAAAAGCUGUGGUACAGGGACUUCAUGCAGUUGGUGGAUCACCCAAACCUAAACACAGUCGACCAGAUCUGUGAGCAAGUUUGGUCACGCAAGCACAGCCUAUCAGGGAAGACCGCGCCAGGUCCAGCCAAUGAGGCGCCGGCUCACGACCCGCUGCACUCUAAAAAGUGGAAGCACCUGAAGGAAGUGAGGAAAGGACGAAAUCGCAGAACGCAUGAUGGGAGACCCGCACCCAGAGCGCCGCGGAGCGCAGGAGAGUAGCGAGGGAUGAGAGGUGGAGUUGAAAGAGAGACUGAGAGACAGAAAGGAAGAGCAAAAUAACCACUGGAGGUGGACAGAUUCUCACACAGCAUCUCAUUCAUUGACUGUUUAUUGCCUGUUCAGCUUUUUAUUACCCCUGUGACGACACUCCACUGCCUGUUAUUAGUCUCUAUAUACUCUAUUGGCCUCAUCUCCAGUCUGAAGACUCAAUCUAGUGCCCCCACGACCCCAAUCCCGCUCCUGUCAACAUCUAUUACAAACCUUCCAACUCCUGACGGUUCUCCAGAAACCCAUACUCCAUCCAGUUCUUCUAAAAUACUAACACAAACUCAAAAAACUCCAAAAAAUCCCUUUGAGUUGUAACAGGAAAAUCUUCGAGACGCAAAGACAUGCAUGUGCUGCGUAAUUCAGUAAACACAGGCUCUUGUGGACACGCAUUGAGUAAAUCCAUGUAUACUCUUCUAUGUCUUCAUCUGGGUGUUUGUGCUACAUGUGUUCUGUAGAUUAGAUUAUCCUCUCACUUUGGCCCUGACUCACCAGCACCAGAUGAACAUCAUCUCUCUUCUUAUUCUUUCACUGCUUGAAGACUUAAAACACAACAUUUCAAGCUCAAAAGACAAAAAAGGAGAAAAAAAAACUGUACAUUUGUGAUCUGGUAAGGCUGUAUGAGUGUUUAAGUAAAAGUUUUUUCAUUUGACAGUAAUUCUAUACCUUAAACGUGGUCAGCGAAAUUGACAUUUCUGGCACAUCUACAAAGUAACAAAGGUGAAUUAUUAUUUUGAGAUACUAAGUUAUGUGUCAGGUGUUCUGAUUAUGUAUUGUAUGAGACUGAGAUAGACACAGCAUUAAUGUAUAGGGGGAUUAUGGGUAAUGUAUGGUCCCAGACAGUAAGGAAAUCUACAGAGAAACCUUUUUAGAUACUUUUAGGUCUAAUCUCAGAACUAACCUGUUGAAACCGAAUAAGGCAGAAUAGUUAUGUAUAUUUGAAUGUGUCU